GAGCAAACAACAUAAUGUCGGGAGACAAAACUAACAACUUCCCAAAGUGCUUUCAACAUCCAUUUCCAACCGAACUUUUACUCAACAUCUUUGUCAAUCUCAAUGGCACAACAUUAGCUCAAUGUACCUUGGUCUGUCGACAAUGGCGUGCAGUAAUUCAACAUUAUGACGAUCUGAUCUGGAGAAUAUGCUCACGUCGGGACUAUAAAGAAAUUGACUCGAAUCGCUUUUGGUCGUUGUGUUUUCCCGAUCCACACAUCUCAAACUCUAUCGGUAUCCCAUCGCCUAGAGAUAGACUACAAAAUAACGCCCGUGCUUUAAAACGAACAUGGCAAGACAUGUAUCGUAUAACCAAGAAUUGGGAUACUGGUUACUGUCUAGGUUAUUUUCCCGAAAUAAAAGCACAGCCUCUGCCAGGACAAUGGAUAUCUGGGGUGGUGGGUUAUCCCAGAGAAGCUUCAUGUUUUAGUCUACUCAAUGUAGCCAAGACAGGCUCAUUGGUUCGCUCAAAUCCUGUUUAUCGGAAUCCUACCGGCCCACCACAUAGUCUGAUAAUGACUGAUCCAGAUACAUGUCAGACCACUUAUCUUCAAUCUAUUAAUGAAGCCGUCUCGCCUAGUUUAGCUGUAGAGGGCCGACGGCACAUCAUCCUGUGUCAUUUUACUCAGCCCUCUUCCAAGUGGAUAGUAACCGGGGGUCUUGAUGGCUCGGUAGCCCUCUGGGACUCAGAUACAAAAAAACUGGCCUGUAUGUGGCAUGGUCACCGAGGACGUGUGUUGUGUGUAAGCAUGAAUGAUAAGAUGGCUGUCAGUGGUGGAACCGAUAGUAAUAUUUGUGUUUGGGACCUCGAAAACCAUUCAAUCGAGGGUUCUCCCACAGAAACAAACUACACUCACACAACACCACGAGGCCACAUUGAUAUAUCAUCAUAUAUAUCCAGUCAUGGCGAGUGGUACCAGGGUGUGGGCGACAUAGCUGUGAACACUCAUUUAGUGGCGUGUGCACCAGAAUCAUCUGGUCCCCUUUUAGUAUUCUCGCUCUUGACAGGUGCUCUAGUCUACGAGCUUCAGACAAACAUAGACGGACCCCGGCAAUGGCCAUUUUCUGGAGCACUUGGGGUCAUAAACAUAUGCUUGACCCCAUUCUUUUUACUCACAAAAGGAAAAGUACUUAAGAACGACACAUCUGUACCCAUAUAUCCCAAACAACCAACAACAUUCGGUCAAGCCUCAUCGAUCCAAACUAUCAACCAUGAGAUCCCUGCUGGUCGAAUGACACCCUAUCAACUUUAUCGCUAUUACCAAUCACAACAAUCACAACAAUCGGACGAUCAGACUAUGGACAGCUUGGAUUGCAUAAAUGUAUGGUGUCUUCGGACCGGUAAAAUGGCCUAUCGACUCGUGCCUACAUUUGAAACACCCGAUAUAAAAUACACGAUUACCGACAUUCGACUCUGUCCUGACUUUUCAAGGACAUUAGUUUGUCUAGAGGUAAGAGACAAUUCUAGACCAUCUCCAGAAAGACAUCAAACCGAGGAACGACUGUACUGCUGGGACUUUUCAUGCCAGAACAUUUCGAUGGAUCAGGCGAACAUUUCAAAACAAGAAUUGACAGCUGUGCAGAUCAAUGCUCCAACUCAUCUGUCAGAGCCACACCAAAAGAUAGGAAAAUCAUGGAUGUACUACAUGUGAUGUUCUCUAUUCUGUACAUACUAUUGAGUUUAUCGUGCUGUUUUAAGAAAGUGUAUAUCUCACUUCUUUUCUCAUCUGUAUAUUACCCCUCUUUAUUCUUCUUCUUCUUCUUAUUUUUUUAUUGCUUUAAUUUGUAUAUUAUUUUCUUUUAUUCUUUUAUUCAUAACAUAGAUCCGCACGUACUUUGUAUAAUCAUAAAUCUAUCAGCCGAUCAAUU